AGAUCCUCGCGAGCCGAGAGGUUUAAGCAGCGCUCGCGCACUAAGUAGCGACACAGAGCCCCACAGGCGGAUAAAGCGCUCGGUUUUCUCUCGGUUUUCAUCUCUCCUGUCGAUUUUUUUCGUCUUAAACCAACCUGUUUCCUGUCAGUACGAGUGACGGUGAACGUGUAACCUGAGUUUUGUUCAGAAAUCAGAGGUUUUUGAGAUUUUUCUGACCAAAGUCACCAAAGUACCAAGGAUGCGCGCGAAGGCUGUGUCGAAGGAGAUGGGCAGCAUGUCACCCACCAGUGCCCACACAAGCUCCUUCCACUGUUUCCAGACUGGCUUUUGUUUAGUUUUGUCGGUAUUUUCGGUGCUAUUUUGUGUCGUCAUAACCUUAAGGACGUCUCACCUGGAGCACAGAAUGCAGUUUCUGGAAAGUGAGCGUCUUUCUGUCCUGAGCUCUGCACCUCCAUCACUGCAGGCUAACCUCUCUCUGUGGGAUGCCAUAGAAGAACUCGUGCAUAAGAGACUCAUGGAGGAAGCGCCUAAACUUCGUACACCGAGGGAAGUAGGUCAAGAGUGCUCUUGCCCACCAGGACCCCCAGGUAGACGUGGACGAAAAGGGAAUCCUGGAACUCCAGGAACUCCAGGGCGAGAUGGCUACCCGGGCCCUUUGGGUGUGGAUGGUAAGCCUGGUCCUCCUGGUCCUAAAGGCAGUCAGGGGAUGCCAGGGCCAAAAGGAGAUAAGGGUGAUCAGGGAGAUGUGGGGCCCAGGGGCCCUCCAGCACACACUGCCUCUGCUGGCCUGCUCAGUAAUCAGAUUCUUACAGUCAAGGGCGAUCAAGGUCAGGCUGGGCCUCCAGGUCCCCCAGGGCCUCCUGGACCAUCUGGCCCCAGAGGGCCCCCAGGAACCAUGGGCAGAGACGGACCCCAGGGCCACCCAGGAGAGCCGGGUCUUCCUGGCAAGGAUGGGAAUGAGGGUCCAAGAGGGCCACCUGGUAUAAAGGGUGACUCUGGAGAGCCUGGAAUGACUGGACCUCAGGGUCCUCCAGGGCUAAAGGGAGAACCAGGUGAGCCAGGUGAUGACGGGAAAAGAGGCAUGGAUGGACCACCAGGCAUAAAGGGAGAGAAAGGAGACGCUUGUGCUUCAGAGCUCCAGAAGGAUGCACCAGGAAUCUCUGAGAAUAUUGACCUGUCUAAAAGAUUACAGAUUUUGCAGGGCCCACCUGGUCCACCGGGGCCUCCUGGAGAGCAAGGAAUAAAGGGAGAGAUGGGCUCUCCUGGGAUUCCUGGAUCUGAAGGCAGACAGGGUUCAAAAGGAGAAAGAGGGGAUAGAGGAGAACCUGGAGCGACAGGAGAAAAGGGAGAGAGGGGAGAGAUGGGUCAGCCUGGGCCAGCGGGAGCUGGUGGGCAGAAAGGGGAGAAGGGAGACUCCAGAAUUGAGGACAGUCUGGCUCAGAUUAUUGCAUUGCCAGGCCCUCCAGGGCCUGCAGGACCACCUGGCCCUCAAGGAAUCAUGGGCCAUCAUGGAAUACCUGGCCAAAAGGGAGAACCAGGUGAGGCAAUGAAAGGAGAGAAGGGGGAUGUUGGAGAGAAAGGUCCACAAGGGCCACGGGGUCUUCAAGGUUAUCCUGGCUCUGAUGGAUUGGUGGGUCUACCAGGUGCAAAAGGUGAAAAGGGAAAACAAGGAGAGCCUGGAUUAGACGGUUUCCCAGGCCUCAGAGGAGAGAAGGGUGAUAAAGGCGGACGAGGAGAAAAGGGUGAAAGAGGCUCAUUGGGGAAAAGGGGUCUAAAAGGAGAGAAAGGAGAGCAGGGGCCUCCAGGGCUGGAUCAGCCUUGUCCUGUGGACAGGGAUGGACUCCCAGUAGAAGGAUGCUGGCAUAAGUGAUGACAAACCAGCAGCUUUGGAGUUUGUACAUAUUGAUAUAUAUAUUUGAAACUAACAUUUUUUACUUCCCCCCCUUUAAUUUUGUAUGUUCUAUUUAAUAUACUGAGAUUUGAUUAAAUUUAAAUACUUUAAACUCCAUGUGGACUUUCUAUAUUGCUGCUUUUUCUACAAAGAAAGGCCCUAAUUUGAAGGACUAAAGCAAAGAGGGUUGAUUUGAGAUCAAGUGUGGAUUGCACAUGGACUUGUGGUAUGAGAGAGAACUCUGAUGCUGGUCUUGACUAUAGAAAAACCACCAGCAUUUGCAUAACAACACCGGCACAAUCCCAAACCCAUUUAACAGACUGUGCAGUGUGACACGUGAUUUCUGAACUGAACUGUUUUAAGCAGCCUUUGUUUUUCUGAAACAGCUAGCUUGUCCAUUUUUUCACUUUCUUUGAAAGGAUAAGGUUUAUCAGCAGGAGAGAAGCACAUGGUGCACAAUUGUUCACAGUUGUGAAAACCGUACUACUACAAAUGUAACUACAUGGGAUAUUGACUGUUGCAUGGAUGAACCCACAGGAAGAGCUACUCAUGUAAGAAGAAACCAAUCUGGUUUUUUACAUCUGAAUAAAAUCUGGAAAUUAAACCACAAUAAUGUCAAAGUUUGCACUACAAGAGGACAAGAAGUGGGUGAGAUAUUCGGCUCAAAAGAAUUUCAACUUUUCAGUUAUUGAUUUUAAGGAACUGCUUGACAUUCUCAAUACUCUUUUUGAUUCCGUGUAAAUAAUAUGUAUAGUUAUUAUCCUCCCUGUCUUUUAGUGUUCAGUGUUUAAAAAGAUUGUUCUACUGAUAUGCAGUGUGAUGUGUUUUGUGUAUUUCUCUCAACAGUCCUUCAAUACAUGUGUACAUUUUGUCAUGCAGUAGGCUUUCUUGUGUUAAUAGCAUGCAGUGUUAUAUUGUAAGAUUUUACAGCAGUGUUUUGUAUCAAUUCUGAUGUGUGGUUUAUAAUGAUUGGAUGUAUUUUUCAGCCAGAUGUGUUUUGGUUGUGUAGUUUGGUUACAAGAGCUCAAAAAGUUCUAAUAUUAAGUGAGACUGUUAGUUAAUGUAAUUUCCUUACAUUUCAUUAUUGUACGAUGGGUUUGUUUGAUAUGCCUUUUAACAGCAAUACUGACAUUGUCUACUUAUAUUUUGAGUGAUCCUUUGGUACAAUUAACAUGGGAACACAUCCGACAAAAGAAAUUAAUGAUGAAUUUACAGCUGAAUCUUACUUUUUAUUAAACUGUUUCUUUUUUAA